UUCCCGGUACAUGUAUCGAUACACUUGUAACAGUUAAAGUUUGUUUCGAUAGGCGAUUACUACUUUUUUUUUUUUUUUUUUUUUUUCCUGUAACGGCAUCAUGACUCCAGCGGCACUUAAUUGGGCCGCGCCGGGUCAGAUUUAUUGUAGCAACCGGCCCUGGCAACGCUCAAAUACAAGCUCGGCGUGGGGUCCGCGCGAGGGAAUGUCGUCGUGAGCGGGCCGCGGAACCGAACUCGCCUCCCUCGCAUGCACGUCUGAGGCGGAUAUUAUGGGAUGUGGCAGCUCCAAGACCACGGGGGUCCGCCCCGUACGACCCGCGGACGACGUUGAGAAAAGUGUGGAGGAUGACAUCAAAGGCAAAUGUGGCCGCGGCGACUCGGCCGCGUCUAAGGCGACGGAGGACAGCGGCGUGGUGGUGGAGAAUGGCGAGGUGCCCGCCGAGCCGCCCGCCUUACUGGGGCGGGAGGUCCCGAUGCGGGAUCGGCCCACGUCCGGCGAUAUCCUGCUGGACCUGCAGAACGAGGGGAUCAUCCCGGCGAGCCCCGGCGGCCAGGAUGUGACAGCCGGGCGGGCCUACACCAUCGUGCUGGAUGACAGCAAGGGUAUCAGACGCCGGCCUCCCGCCAGACUGGAGUCCCUCAGGGUCAAACGUCUGCCCAGCAAAGAGGAGAUGGAGGAGAAGAUGCGGCUCGCUGACGAGAGACGCAAGUCGCGUGAAGCCGAGCUGACGGCGCGCCUGAGGAGCAAGUCGGCCCGCGUCCGCCGAGCCGCCUUAGACCCGGACGCGGCCGACGGCGUCCAACACGGGCGUUGGCCUCCCGACGUCGACGCCGUUUGCCCCCCCGCGCCUGAGGCGGGGGAGAGUCCGAGACCCGACGGGGAGUCUGAGCUCCUCCGGUCCUCCGGGGGAGCUGGAGAGCGACUCCGUCUGGAUUCCGGCGAAGUUUUUUGAUAAAUAAGAAAAAAAAAAACAGGAAUGGACUCCCUGUACAUGUGCGAGGCUUCACUUUUGGACCAGCAGAACCGGCACCAGCAACAAGAAGAAGAAGAGCCCCCAUGCUGAUGCAGAAACCCCCAAACCACCACCAUCACGUCCAUCUACC